UGGCUGGUCGCGAAGAAUUACUCGGAAAACAGCCACAAAAAGAAAUAAUUUGAUUACCGAUCUGCAAUAUAACAACAACACGACGGCUCCACCAUGGGCGAUAUGUUUCGCAGCGAGAAGAUGGCCCUGUGCCAGUUAUAUAUACAGCCAGAGGCUGCCUACGCCUCCAUUGCCGAGCUGGGCGAGAGUGGCUGUGUCCAGUUUCGGGAUCUCAACGAUCAGAUCAACUCCUUCCAGCGCAAAUAUGUGAACGAGGUGCGACGCUGCGACGACAUGGAGCGUCGAGUGCGCUACAUAGAAAACCAGUUGCGCAAAGAUGACAUCAAGAUGCCAGAGUUGGGUCCCGACCAUGAGCCUUCUGCACCCAAUCCACGCGAAAUAAUCGAUCUGGAAGCACAACUAGAGAAGACGGAGAACGAGCUGCGUGAAAUGUCAGCGAAUGGAUCCAGCCUGCAUGCGAAUUUCAGGCAUAUGCAAGAGCUGAAGAGCGUGCUGGAGAACACCGAGGGCUUCUUCUCCGAUCAGGAGGUAAUCAACUUGGACUCCAAUCGUCAGACCGAAGGAGAUGAUCCCACGGCAGUUCAGGCGGGCGCUCAACGCGGACAGCUUGCCUUUGUGGCCGGUGUCAUAAAGCUGGAGCGUUUCUUUAGCUUUGAGCGCAUGCUGUGGCGCAUCUCGCGCGGCAACAUAUUUCUGCGGCGCAACGACAUAAGCGGCCUAUGUGAGGAUGAGGAGACGGGUCGCCAGGUACUUAAGACCGUGUUCGUGGCCUUCUUUCAAGGCGAGCAGCUCAAGCAGCGCGUGAAGAAAGUCUGUACGGGAUACCAUGCCGAUGUGUAUCCGUGCCCCAGUUCGGCUGCCGAGCGCGCCGAUAUGAUUAGGGAUGUGAAUACAAGACUCGAAGACUUGAAAAUGGUGCUUAAUCAGAGCGCCGAUCACCGCAAUCGCGUGCUGAGCUCCGCUGCCAAGCAUUUGGCCCGUUGGACCGUUAUGGUAAAAAAAAUGAAAGCCAUCUAUCACAUACUCAACUACUUCAAUCCGGAUGUCACUGGCAAGUGUUUAAUUGGCGAGGGCUGGGUGCCUGUGCGCGACCUGCCCACAGUGCAGCAGGCGCUGUCACGCGGCUCCAAGCUGUCGGAGAGCAGCAUACCAGCCUUUAUGAAUGUCAUUUCUACCAACGAGCAGCCGCCCACCUUUACGCGCACCAACAAGUUCACCAGCGGCUUUCAAAACCUUAUCGACUCCUAUGGCAUGGCCUCCUACCGGGAGGUGAAUCCGGCACUGUACACAUGCAUCACAUUUCCAUUUCUGUUUGCGGUGAUGUUCGGCGACAUGGGUCAUGCUCUUAUACUGGUGGGCUUUGCCUCCUGGCUGAUUAUCAAGGAACGGCAGUUGGCUUCCAUUAAAGAGGAGAUAUUCAACAUAUUCUUCGGCGGUCGCUAUAUCAUACUGCUGAUGGGCCUAUUCUCCCUAUAUACGGGUCUAAUCUACAACGACGUGUUCUCCAAGUCUAUGAACAUAUUUGGCUCUGGCUGGCAGAAUCAGUAUAACACGUCCACAGUCACCGAUGAGAAUAUUGAGUAUUUGACAAUGCGGCCAAACAUCAGUAAUUUCAAAACCUACCCGCUGGGCAUGGAUCCUGUUUGGCAGCUGGCGGAUAACAAAAUCAUAUUUUUAAACACCUUUAAGAUGAAGCUGUCCAUUGUUUUUGGAGUUCUGCACAUGAUCUUCGGCGUUUGCAUGUCGGUUGUGAAUUUUAUACACUAUAAAAAAUAUGCCAGUAUUUUCCUGGAGUUUCUGCCGCAAAUCCUGUUCCUGCUGCUCCUAUUCGGUUACAUGGUAUUCAUGAUGUUCUACAAAUGGAUUGUUUACAAUGAUUCCAGCUUGGAUCAGUCCCUCUCGCCGGGCUGUGCACCCUCCAUUCUUAUAUUGUUCAUCAACAUGAUGCUUUUUGGCAAUCAGGAGCCGCUGGAAGGAUGCAAGGAGUAUAUGUUUGAGGGUCAAGAAUUACUGCAAACGAUCUUCGUGGUGGUGGCCAUAAUUUGCAUACCCUGGAUGCUGCUUGGCAAGCCGUUGUAUAUAAAGGCCAAGCGUCCAAAGCAUUUGCCAGCGCCCAAUCAAACAGUAGCCGCGCCUGCCGGCGGACAUGGCCAUGGUGGAGAUGAUGAGCCCAUGAGCGAAAUAUUUAUCCAACAGGCCAUACACACCAUUGAGUAUGUGCUGAGCACAAUCUCGCAUACCGCAUCCUAUUUGCGACUAUGGGCUUUGUCCCUGGCCCAUGCGCAGCUCUCUGAGGUGCUGUGGAACAUGAUAUUCUCCAUGGGCUUCAUAUUUAACAGCUAUAUAGGCUGCAUAGUCAUUUUCUUCACCUUUGGCGCCUGGUCCGGGCUCACCGUGGGCAUUCUUGUGCUCAUUGAGGGUCUCUCGGCCUUUUUGCACACAUUACGCUUGCACUGGGUCGAGUUCAUGAGCAAGUUCUAUGAGGGCGCUGGUUACGCCUUCGCGCCGUUCUCCUUCAAGCAAAUACUGGAAGACGAAGGUGAGGGCUAGGGCGCAGGACGCACUAUCCAACGAGUUGUCAAAGCAUUUGCAAAAUUUGCUGAUUUUCUUUUUGCGAAAAAAAUAAAU